AUGGCGGAGUGGAUGAUUCAGAACAUGUCGGAUUUCACCACCGGUGCACCUUCGCCGGUGAUGGAAGAAGCAAAAUCCGACUCGCAGGGCUCCGCUUACGGCCCCCUCGUGACGGUCCUCCGGACGUUUUUCAUUGCGCUGAAUUCUCUCAUGGCCAUCACGGGCAACGCCUUCAGUCUGGCUGUCAUGAAAUCUGUCGACACGCCCCGGUUCCCCCCGAGCUCCAAGCUGUUUCUCUGCAACGUCAUUCUGUCCGACCUGGCGUAUGGUGCCGUGUCCGUCUGGUACGUCGCCCCGUCUGCCCUGAACUAUUGGCCGUACGGGCAAUUUGCCUGUCAGCUAGCCUGUGUCUGCCUCAUACUUGCCAACUUCUGUUGCGUGAACGCUGCCAUUCUCAUCACGGUGGACCGCCUGCUGGCCGUGGUGUACCCCCUUCACCACGGCAUCAUGAUCCCCACAAAACGCGCGAUCAUGGCCGUCGUGCUUGCAACCUUCCUCUCUGUCAGUGAAACCGUUGCGACCCUUGCCAACGGUGAACGCAUUUCGUACACGAACCGUGUCGUUUUGUGCACCAUCAGCUGGGAUCGAGCGUCCCCGACAAACCUCCCUCGACUGAUCGUCUACAGCAGCUGUGGACUGUUUCUCCCGGCGGUAGUCCUGACCGUCUGCUACACCAAACUGUACCUGGUUGCUCGCCGACACGCGCAGCUCCUCGCGAAGUUGAGGAGGAACCCUGAGCUAGCCAUCGCCAACCACCGCGCAGUAAAAAUGUGUGCCCUCAUCACCGCCACGUUCCUGAUUGCCUGGACCCCUUACGUCAUUGUUUCUUUCCGGAACUACGUCACCAGAGAGGAAACAUCGCCGAUGGUCGAGUUUGUCACGAGUUGGGUGUGCCUCUGCAACAGUUGGUGGGACGUCAUCAUUUACUUCUUCAUGGCUCGGGAGUUCAGGAAAACUGCUCACAAACUCGUCUGCAGGCCAUGGUUGUUGAGAAAGAGCCAACCUCACCACCGCCAGACGACGCCUUCAAACAGGCAAUUGCGAUAUAUUGCUGGAAAUUGUUAA